CCCUACCUCGCAGGGUUGUUGUUGCGGGGAGCCAAACCCGGGCGGAGCGCCGGGCGCGCCGCCUGGCGCUCCUCUGCAGGGAAAGGCCGGCCAGCGACGCAACGGGGACGCAAAGCUGAAAUCCCGACGGGCAAACCGAGCUGCGAUCCCUCCCUCCCGCGAUUGCAAUUGCAUUUCUUGCUCCUCCUCCUCCUCCUGGCGGGCAGGGUCAGAGUUGGGCCAAGAUGGCGGCUCCCAUGAGUGACACGUUCUCCUUUUGUAUGGACCCCGCCGGCCAAGCCCGCCGCGCCCUGGAGGUGCGAUUCAUCAGCAACGUCAAGGGCAAAGGACUCUUCGCCACCAGAAACAUCAAGAAGGGGGAAACAAUUUUCGUCGAGAAGCCGGUGGUGUCUGCCCAGUUCCUCUGGAAUGCCCUGUAUAAAUAUAGAGCCUGCGACCAUUGCUUGCGAGCGCUGGAGACGGCGGAAGAAAAUGCGCAGAGGCUGCUGGGGAAACCCCAAGCCCUUCCUCACCCGGAGCAGUGCAGCAUUCGGAAGGAGCUCCACCAACACUGCCCCGCUUGCCAAGUGGCUUAUUGCAGCGCAGAGUGCCGCCAGCUUGCCUGGGAACAGUAUCACCAGGUUUUGUGCCUGGGGCCGUCCAGGCAGGACCCCAACCACCCGCUCAGCAAACUGCAGGAGGCCUGGAGGAACAUCCAUUACCCGCCUGAGACUUCGAGCAUCAUGCUCAUGGCCAGAAUGGUUGCAACUGUCAAGCAGGCAAAGGACAAAGACUGGUGGAUCAAACUCUUCGCUCAGUUCUGCAGCAAAACAGCCAACGAGGAAGAGGAGAUCGUCCACAAACUCCUGGGGGAUAAAUUUAAGGGCCAGCUGGAAGUCCUGCGUGUCCUUUUCACCGAAGCCCUUUACGAUGACCAUCUCAGCAGGUGGUUCUCCCCGGAAGGUUUCCGGUCGCUGUUUGCCCUCGUCGGCACCAACGGACAGGGGAUAGGAACCAGCUCCUUGAGCCAGUGGGUCCACGCCUGCGACGCCUUGGAGUUACCCCCCCAGGAGCGAGAGCAGUUGGACGCCUUCAUAAACCAGCUGUACAAGGACAUAGAGAGAGAGACAGGGGAGUUUCUGAAUUGCGAAGGGUCUGGCCUCUACAUGCUGCAGAGUUGCUGUAACCACAGCUGCAUUCCCAAUGCCGAAACCUCGUUCCCGGAUAACAAUUUCCUCCUGCACCUGACGGCCUUGGAGGAUAUUGGGCCGGGAGAGGAGAUCUGCAUCAGCUACUUAGACUGUUGCCAAAGGGAGCGAAGCCGCCACAGCCGCAACAAGACCCUCCGGGAAAACUACCUGUUCGUUUGCUCCUGCCCCAAGUGCCUGGCACAAGCCAACGACCCGGACGUGACGUCGGAAGAGGAGGAUGAGGAGGAGGAAGAAGUCGAAGGGGAGCCGGACGACGCAGAACUGGAGGACGAGAUGACGGACGUUUGACCCUGGGGGCUGGGCUGGGGGUUUCUCUCUGGAGACGGCGGCAGCGGCUGGGGAAGCAGGUUCCUGGACUCGUGAGCGGCCAGUGCCGGCAGCCGAGCGAAGGGCAGAGAUUUCGCCAUGAUGCGAUGCAAAGAGUCUGUCCCUUUGGGAAAAGUGUGCCCCAUUUACUGACACCUCCCCUCUCUGCAUUGUAUCAGAGCUGUUAACCCACCCCCAAAGAGGGCCGGAUCUUCUCCGCCAAUUGCCAUGGGGCAGUUCUCCUGUGGGGCAGAGGGGCACAGGCUGAAGGAACCCCUUGAUCACCAUUUUGCCACUUGCCUGGGUACAGUAAAACGAUUUACAACGCAAAGAGCG